AUGCAAGUCGCUGCACUCGGGCUACCGCCUGCGCAUCUGCCCCCGCCCCCACCCUAUCGCAAGCCGGUGCUGGUGACGACGUACAGCCACCUUCCCGACCGCCGCCUGGUCUCUGGCGACGCGAGCAUGGCGUACUUCCGCCCCGGAGGUGCACCUCCGGGUGCAGACCUUACAUACGGCUUCUCCGAGCGCAUCGAGCGAGACGAGGCGCUGGAAGAACACCUCGACGGUAUGUGCUGGGCCCUGCGCGGCGGCGGGGAGCGGCGCGGCGGUGUCGUCAGCUGGCGCGGGAUGAUGACGAGAAUCAUGACGGCGCCGUUCGAGGACCGCGAGGGGUGGGAGAUGAGCGCUCUCGCACUCGACGGGAGUGUGUACCUCGAACAAUACGAGAAUAAGGACAACGUGCAGUAUAGCUAUCGAGCGAAGGAUAAUGCGCAGUGGGAGCUGCAGAGUUACAUGGGAUAUGCGUACGAGGCUUACGCCACACUGCCUGAGGCGGAGGAAGGGCCCGAAGGAUGGUCCGGGACGGUCAACACGAACGUGCAAUGGUGCAACGUGGUGCGAUCCGCGAUUGGUGAGGUACCACUAUUCCUUGGGGGUGAGGUCGACUGUGUACGCGCGCCCGUCGGCGAGCCAAAUCCAGGCCUGGACGCAACGGUCGAGCUCAAGACAAACAAGGUCAUCGACUCUGAGCGUGCUGACGCGAUCUUCCUAAAAAAGCUCUUGAAGCACUGGGCGCAGAGUUUUCUGCUGGGUGUGCCGACCGUCGAUGUCGGCUUCCGGACCGACUCGGGCAUCCUCGUGAGCCGGCACGAGUUCGACACAGCCACCAUCCCGGCCAUCGCAGCGCGAGGCGGCGCACGAUGGGACCCAGCCCCCUGCCUACACUUCCUGCACGCGGUGCUGUCCAUGCUUGUGCGCGAGGUGCUCCCCACGGAUCCGAUGGCCACCGGAGCUGCAGAGGGAACAGAUGGGCUACCUCCGGCACACCUCUUCCGAUUGCGGUUCACGCCACGGCGCGGUAUCGAGCUGGUAUCGCUCGGCCAGGUCGCGCACGAGCCAGGGAAGCGGUGGGGCGGUAUCCUGCCCGCUGACUACGUUGCGUGGCGACUGGGGCAGCAGGAACGUUGA